AUGUUUGUGCAUAGAUGUGGAGAGCAUCUUGUGCGCACCAUACUGGCUAGAGAAUGUUCACAUGCUUUACAAGCUGAAGAUGCUCACCAAGCCCUGUUGGAGACUAUGCAAAACAAGUUUAUCAGUUCACCUUUCCUCGCCAGUGAAGAUGGCGUGCUAGGCGGAGUGAUUGUUCUCCGUUCGUGCAGAUGUUCUGCCGAGCCUGACUCCUCCCAAAAUAAGCAGACACUUCUAGUGGAAUUUCUGUGGAGCCACACGACGGAGAGCAUGUGUGUUGGAUAUAUGUCAGCCCAGGAUGGGAAAGCCAAGACUCACAUUUCAAGACUCCCUCCCGGUGCGGUGGCAGGACAGUCCGUGGCAAUCGAAGGUGGGGUGUGCCGCCUGGAGAGCCCAGUGAACUGACCCUUCAGGCUGAGCGUGAAGCGUCUGAGAGGCGUUUCAGAACCUGAGCUUUUUGGGAUUUUUAACUGAAGUUGGCUGUUUUAUCUUUCUUGUUUUAUAAUUCCUAUUGCAACCUCGUGCACUGCUCGAGACACAAGUGCUGCUGUAGUUAGCGCUUAGUGACACGCGGGCCUUUGGCGGGUGAGCGGGACUGUGUGUGUGUGUGUGUGUAUGUGUGUGCGCGCGCGUGUGUGCGCACAUGUGUGCGUGUGUGUAUGUGUGGAGUAUGUGUGUUUGCUUCUCCCUGGAUGAAAUAGAAACUCCUCAUUGUGUGACCAGGAAUGGUUAAAUCAUCUUUACAAAAUGUGUGCUUUAACUGUUUACAAGUAAAACCUAAAGUUGCAGGAAACAUUUUUUAUUUCAUAAAGAGGUACCAACUGUCGCUGAUGUAAUGUGUCAGAACUGAAGAGUAAAUCUACUUGUUUAAAUGACUUGACAGUGGUAGUGCUUCAUUUAAUAACAGUGAUAAGUAAUAAAAUGUUUUUAUUUGUUAACCAGUUUAAGUGGAUCCUGUGGUAACUUAAACUGUUGUUCUCAUCCCUUAUACGGGGCAUUUUUCUUUAACAAAGAAUGGUUUCAGUGAAACAAUCUAGCAGAGAAUUAAUGUCAGAACCUUUUUAAAUAAUAGUCUGAUUGAUACAGUUUGUACUUCUUUCAUCAAGCUUUUCUAAGCUUAAAUAUUGCAUAGCUUCGAGCUGUAUGGACUAUAUUAUGAAAGAAUAUGUAAAGAGAACAUACAGUAAUGCACAGUCCUUAAUUUGUGUAUAAUGGAAUGUUAUUUACAAUAUAACACUGUAAAUAAGAAAGCAAAGUUUAUGGGAAAAUUCAAUAUUAUCUUUGUUUUUGUUUAAAUAUAUUUUUAAGAUAAAGGCACAAAAAUAAAAGAAGUGUAUUACUGGGUAUAGUAUGUGACUCCUCUUCUCAGACUAAUAAAUUAUCUUUUGAAUCCUUGAUU